GUGACGCGGCGGUGAAGUGGCAGGGGGCGGAGCUCAGGAGGGUCGUCACGUGACCGGUGAGAUGUCCCUCAGCUGACAUGGCGGCCCCCGACCAGCUCCAGUUCCAAGAGUUUGAAGAAGCUGCCGUCCUCCUGUCUGAGAACCCGACUGCCACAACCAAGAGUGCCAAUGAGGAGACAAAGCCGCAGCAUGCCACACUGCCCAUGGGAGACGACAGCGAGGGAGAAGAGGGCGAGACCGACCAGACCGAGCUCCUCUCACCCCAGAAGAAAUCCGCAGGUUUCUGGACCUUUCAGUACUAUCAGGACCUGUUCGAUGUAGACACAUACCAGGUGCUGGACAGGAUCCGAGCUUCCUUCAUGCCUGUUCCUGGGAAGAAUUUUGUCAGACAUCAUUUGCGGAAUCAUCCUGAUCUUUAUGGGCCCUUCUGGAUCUGUGCCACACUUGUUAUCACUGUCACAGUGGUGGGGAACCUUGCCACCUUUAUCCAGAUGUAUGGCAGACCAGAUUACAACUACAGCGCCCAGUUUCACAAAGUGACCGUUGCUGGGAUCGCCAUAUACAGUUAUGCCUGGCUGGUCCCCUUAUGUCUGUGGGGAUUUCUGCAGUGGAGGAAAGGAGUGAUCCCAACAGUGGGGACCUACAGCUUCAUGGAGACUGUGUGUGUCUAUGGCUACUCGCUGUCUGCAUACAUUCCUUCUACUCUUCUCUGCGUAGUCCCAUAUGAAAUAUUCCGCUGGAUCAUUCUUCUGCUGGCCAUGUGUCUUUCUGCUUUUGUCCUUGUUCUGGCUUUCUGGCCGCACAUCCGCAGAGACAACAAGAUGGUGGCUAUAGGGAUGGUAACAAGCAUGGUGCUUCUACAUGUGCUGCUACCUGUGGGCUGCAAGGCAUACUUUUUCCCAAGAGUGGAAGAACACGGUCCAGAAUCACCCGUUGGAACCUCCACCACGCCGAAAGCUCCCACUACUUCACAGAAGAUGUGAUCGUCUCCCAGAUUAUAAUGACUAUUCAAUGGACAGAGUGUGUACAUUGCAGCAGCCAGCUCUGCCUACUGUACCACCUAUUCUUAGACUGUGUAUAGAACAUUGGAGUGACUACUCACAGAAGACACGGCUCAACAAAUGUAUUUCUCUAUUUUUACUGGUUAUGAUUCUUUUACUGAUGAAGAUAAUUUAAGGUUUGAUUAAUAAAGACCAUUUUUUUUUUCUCCUAUAAAA